AUGGCUCCCACCAAGGACCGCAAGGAGUCCAAGUUCUCCCAUCUGCCUCUGAGCACCAGCGGCCCCAUCAGCUGCGCCGUCACGGGCAGCGCGCUGCUCAAUACACCUUAUCUCAACAAGGGAACAGCCUUCCCUGAUGACGAGCGCCGCGAGUUCAACCUGACCGGUCUGCUUCCCCAGAGCAUUCAUUCCCUCGAACAGCAGCUGCACCGCGCCUAUGAGCAGUACAAAAGCCGCCAAGAUGACCUGGCCAAGAAUACCUUUUUGACGUCGCUGAAGGAGCAGAAUGAGGUCUUGUACUAUCGGUUGUUACAAGAGCAUCUUCCGGAAAUGUUCAGCAUCGUGUACACGCCAACCGAGGGAGAUGCGAUUCAGAACUUUUCGAGACUGUUCAGAAGACCUGACGGCUAUGGUGAAGAGAUCCUGGGUAUCGGAGACCAGGGUGUCGGUGGUGUUUUGAUCUCCGUGGCGAAGCUCGUCCUCACAACCCUGUGCGCUGGUGUUCAUCCCAAUCGAACACUGCCUGUGGUGCUCGACUGCGGCACUGAUAACGAGGAGCUCUUGAACGAUGAUCUGUAUCUGGGACUCAGACAGAAGCGUGUGCGGGGACACAAGUAUGAUCGCUUCGUUGACGAGUUCGUCAAGGCUGCCAGGAGGCUGUAUCCUCGCGCUUACAUCCACUUCGAGGACUUUGGUCUCACCAAUGGCAAGUAUGGUGGUUCUGGAACGGGAUGCGUAACUUUGGCGGCAAUCACGGCUGCUCUACACGUCAGUAAGCAGAAGCUCACUGACCUGCGCCUGGUCAUCUUUGGUGCUGGCUCAGCUGGUGUCGGAAUUGCGGACCAGGUCAGAGACGCCAUUGCCGCCGAAGGAAACAUGAGUAAGGAGGAUGCUUCCAAGCAGAUCUGGUUGAUCGACAAGCCCGGUCUCUUGACCACAGAUAGCGAGGUAUCCGCAGCCCAAAAGGGCUUCGCCAAGGACCCUUCAGACUGGAAGGACAAGGACGCGUCUCUCCUUUCGGUCAUUCAGAGUGUCAAGCCCAAUGUCCUCAUCGGGACUUCGACCAAGCCCAAGGCUUUUACGGAAGAAAUCGUCCGUGCCAUGGCAGACGGCGUUGAGCGGCCCAUCAUCCUCCCUCUCUCCAACCCAACUCGUCUCCAUGAGGCCGUGCCAGAGGACAUCUACAAAUGGACCGACGGCAAGGCUCUCGUCGCGACAGGUUCCCCUUUCAAACCGGUCAAGGGCCCCUGGGGCGAAGGCGGGAAAGAGAUUGAGAUCGAAGUCGCGGAGUGCAACAACUCUGUCGUCUUCCCGGGCAUCGGCCUCGGCUCCGUGCUUUGCCGGGCGAGCCUGGUGACGGACAAGAUGCUCGUUGCGGCUGUGGAGGGCGUCGCGUCACUCAGCCCCGCACUCAAAGACCAGACGGCGCCGCUGCUGCCGGGUGUAGAUGUCGUCAGGGACGUCAGUGUGAGGGUCGCGCGGGCGGUGAUCAAGGCGGCCGUCAAGGAGGGCGUGGCGACGGAGGAGGGGAUCCCGGAGGGGGACGAGGACUUGGACGAGUGGAUCCGGGAGCAGAUGUGGUCGCCCGAGUAUCGCCCGCUCAAGCUCGUUGAAUACAGUGAGGCGAGUCGGGAGGCCAAGGGUGAGAUGAAGAUUGCUGGGAGCUUUAGCAGAGUUGGGAGCUGGUAG